AUGCUUCUGGACGCCGUUCUUCAGUACUACGUCGUGAAUAGAAUUCGAAAAUCAGCUCCGCCAGUUGAUGAAGAGCAUAGUCAGGAGAUGGGCAGUGUGCGACCUCCUAAGCAUGAGAAAUCAUCGAGCGCAAGAAGCGCGUCUCAAAAGACGAAGUCUCAUUCUUCACCGAAGACAUCUAAGAAACAAACUCCUCAACCUAAACCUCAACAAGCACGUAAAGGAAAAUCGAAGGGCGCUGCUGCGAAAGAAAAGAAGGCCCCGAAGAAAACAACCAAAGUAACAAAACAAGGUGAUGACACGACUUCGUCAACGUCGACAAGUACAUUGAACAAAAUAAUCGAUUUAUACGAACCUACCCCAACAAAACAGGAAACGAAAGCCACUACCAGUCCUCCGGUCAAGCCACCCACUGCUGGAAAACUCCCGAAUUUGGCUGUUUCAGCGAAUGAGCUUGCAAAGCAAAAAGUUGUCGAUUGGUAUUUAGUGCACUUAUAA